AUGACGCGUUCAAAUGAAGGCUUGCGGCAUAAUUUACGCCAGCGAUUCAAUCGAGUUCGAGAUAAAUUUCGGAACUUUUUGAAGGACACCAGUACUCACUUACCACCACACGCCCAAGCAGACCGGAGUCUUGCAACCAACCCGGCCCCAGCUUCUCAGCAUGCAACAGCCACUGCCACCUCAUUGCCUCUUAACCAAGCGAGUAAUGCCCCUGGGGAGUUGAGCAACACUGGGAAUGACGAGGCUCAAACCCAGGCCGGCCAGGACACUUUCCAUGGCAACAGUACUGAACAAAACUCAACUACUGAUCAGUUGGCUGUUGGUCAUGACAUUGGCAAUGUUAUUGUUUCUUCAGACCUUUGGAGUGCAGCAUACCGUGAGGCAGUAGAGAAUCUUAGGCAGGAAAUAGACAUUGCAACUCUAGAGGGAAAGAAUGCCGCCCAGCUAUUCAGAGAACUCCAUGAGACCGAACAAGAGGCAACUCGCGAAUCUGCCUUCUCAAGAGGGUUGAGGCAUUUGCGCUUGGUCCAAGUCCCCCUUGAGAGAAUCAAGCUAGCAUUGGAUCUGGCGAGUCCGAUGACAAACCUGGAACCAACUGCAGCAACGGUUUUUGGUGUGCUCAGAAGCGUGACUGCGAUCGCUAUCAGCUUUGCAACUGCUGAUUUAGAUUUCGCGAAACAAAUUGGGGAAAUGCUAGAGCAAAUUCCCUAUAUUGAUGAAUGUGACACGCUCGGCCAGAAAGCGGGUAGGGAAGAUAUCCACAAGGCACUCGUAUUGGUUUACGAAAAGAUCCUAGAGUUCUAUAAAGUCGCACUUGAGAUAUUAAGCAAAAAAGGGGUGAAAUUGAUGAUGAAAAUGGUCUGGGAGACUGACCGCCUCCCAAAUAUCGUCCAAGAUUUCUUGAGAUAUUCCGAUACUCUCCGAAAGCUUAUAGAUAAAGCGACAUUUGAGAUUGUGGAAGACAUCAAAUCCAUGUUAUAUGACCAACAAAUUGCUGGAUGGCUAGGUGAAGACAAGAUCAGUCGCCAGAGUCAAUAUCAUGAGUCUCUGCAGGAUCUUCGAGCUGAUCAGGCUUGCGAAUUCUUACUGAAACAUACCAAUUUCACCAACUGGUAUGAAGGUUCUGAUUCCCAGCAGUUGACGAGCUGA